AAAACCGACUCGGUUUACAUAGGAAACCAGAAUCUUGAGAUUACACACACAGAGACACACGAAGAAGGAGAUGAGAUGUGUAGCGCUACAGCAGCAAUUCCUCCUUCACUCUUUACUAAUGGGUCUCUCUCGUCUUCUAAGAAUAUCUCCAAGACUGAGAUGAACAGUUUGGUAAAGCUUAGUGACCCUGGUGGUUAUAAAUGGCGCCUUGUGAUUGCCUACGAUGGCACCAAAUUUUCAGGUUGGCAAUAUCAGGAGUCACCACCAACAAUCCAGUCAAUGUUAGAGAAAGCAUUGAUUCAGAUAACAAAGCUCGGAAGAAAAGAGCUGCUUCUAGUCGGAGCAGGUAGGACUGAUGCAGGAGUUCACGCCUGGGGUCAGGUGGCUCAUUUUGUGACUCCAUUCAAUUAUUCUAGUCUGGAGAGCAUUCACGCCGCAUUAAACGGUCUUCUUUCUCAAGAUAUCCGAAUCAGAGAGGUUGGUGCAGCGGUCCCGGAGUUCCACGCUCGGUUUUCUUGCCGUAGCAAGGUUUAUCGCUACCAGAUUUACAGCGACACGUUCAUGGACCCGUUCCAGCGUCAUUGGGCUUACCACUCUGCUUACAGACUCAAUGCUUGUAAAAUGCGGGAAGCUGCUCAACAUUUUGUUGGAAAGCACGAUUUCUCUGCGUUUGCUAACGCUACACGAGAAGAUGGAGUACCUGAUCCUUUGAAAACUAUAUUUCGCUUCGAUGUCAUCCAAAUGGGAUCUCUUCUACAACUUGAAGUUGAAGGUUCAGGCUUUAUGUACAGACAAGUCAGGAACAUGGUGGCUUUGCUGAUUCAGGUUGGGAAAGAAGCGUUGGAUUCAGACAUUGUCCCAAUGAUUCUGGAAACCAAAGACAGGAGGGAGCUUGCAAAGUAUACAUUGCCUGCGCCGCCUCAUGGUCUCUGUCUUUUGUCUGUUAAGUAUGAGGAAGAUCAUCUACGGCUUCCACCAGAUUGCCCUGUAACUAGUUUUGGUAGACAUCACACUAUAACCAAAUGUAAACUUCCUUUCUAUUGA